CCCACUAAGUCGUCUCGUAAUGUCAUUCCCGACGAUGAGAGCUGUCGGAGGACCCUUGCUCUGCAUCGGCGACCUACUCUCCGACGUCGGAGAAGGAGAUCAGCAAGCUGUUAGCGGUGGUGGGUCCCACCACCCCCAAAACCUAGAACCACCCGAUUCCGAUCCUAGUCUCGUCUCCUCCGAUCUCCCCAAGCUCUUUCAGGAGAACUAUGACCAACUGGAUAAGGCAUUAGCUGGCACAGAUCAGUCAUGGACAGCUCUUACGCUUAUGCUUUGCACGGCUUUAGAAACUGGGAACAAGUUGGUGGAAUUUGCCAGUUCUCAUAUUGGCUUGUUAUCCGAGAAGGUUGAGAAGCUUGAAAGAAUAACUAAACAAAGAGAUUCUGCCAUAGAAGCUGCAAAAGCCAUUCAAGGUUUCUUAGAGCAGAAUCAAGUUUUUCCUCGUGAAAAUAGCUUUGCCCAAUCUGAUACAUAAAUUACGAAAAGAAAUUUGUUGUGAAAAAUAUCUAGAAUGCAUGAGAAGACCGUGUAAAUAUUUUAUAGCGGUCCUGACUGCGAAAAGUUCUUGUAACAGAAAUUUUGCUACUUGGCUUUUGCAAGGACUUUACAUGUACUCAUGUCUCGCAUUUAGCAGCAUUUUUCUCUUUA